AUGGCUCAAUCCGUUCCUCCCGGCGACAUCCAGACGCAGCCCAACGCGAAGAUCGUGUUCAACGCGCCCUAUGACGACAAACACACCUACCACAUCAAGGUUCGAAUCUCCUCCGAAAAAAUCACCUGAAAACUUCGUGAUUACAUCUAACCUUUUUGUACCUAUGGGUUGCAGGUGAUCAACUCGUCGGCUCGCCGUAUCGGCUAUGGUAUAAAGACGACGAACAUGAAACGUCUCGGCGUUGACCCACCGUGCGGAGUCCUCGACCCCAAGGAGGCUGUCCUUCUCGCCGUCUCUUGCGACGCCUUCGCCUACGGCCAGGAGGUAUAUCUGGCCCAGCAGCUUCUUUAACACAUCAGCUCUUCCCUGCAGGACACCAACAACGACCGUAUCACCGUCGAAUGGACCAACACUCCCGACGGCGCCGCCAAGCAGUUCCGCCGCGAGUGGUUCCAGGGCGACGGCAUGGUCCGCAGAAAGAACCUUCCCAUCGAGUACAACCCUUGA